GACUUGACUAACAAGAAAUUAUUUUUCUGCUGAUCCAAUUCUGUUGACGGUUAGGAGGACGGUUUUACACUUUGCCGUGAUUAUGCGACAGAAAUGGAAUUCCACGACAUUUGUGAGCUGAGGUGUUGUUUAAUAAAUUAAUAAGCACCGCUUAGAACAACCGGUAGUCUUUGCCUCUGCAAACAAAGAUCUAAUUUAGCGGAGAAGUUCUGAAAGAAGAGAGUUACCGACAGCAUCUCCAGAUAUAUUAGAAAAUGAAGACCCGGAUAGCGAUAGUCGCAUCGAUUGUUUUAGUCGUGGUACUUCAUGUGGAGAGUUCAGUUAUUCAGAGCAGGCUUGCGGAAUUGAGGGCAAAGAGGAGUCCAUGUGGGGCGUCAUGCGCUCCAUCCUGUGCUCCUCUGUGUCAGCCAUCAUGUUGUAUGCCAAUUCCACCACCGCCUCCUCCACCACCACCACCGCCUCCCCCACCAAUGCCAAUGGCAACGAUGGCUCCUCCUCCUCCGUGUCCUCCCGUUUGCUUGAAAUGGACGACAACUAUCAACCCAGUGGGCGGAAUGCCUCAAGUGUCUCCAAUUCAGUCUACUCCUUGUCCUGAUCAGUGCCAGCAGGCAGGCUGUUGUGCACCUCCACCAAUGAUGCCCCCUCAACCACCACCAAUGGUUAUGGGCCCUCCUCCUCCUAUGGUAGCACCUCCUCCUCCUCCAGUUCAGCCACCACCACCUUGCCCUCCAGGUUGCCCUAAGGCUUGCUAUCCAGCCUGUUCACAGAGGUGCUGCAACCCUCAACCACUCCCGCCCCUUCCACCACCAAUGCCACCGAUGCCUCCCAUGCAGCAAUGCCAGCCAUCCUGUGCUCCCACCUGCUGCCAGGGACCACCUCCUCAACCAAUGAUGAUGCCACCUUAUCCUCCAAUGAACAUGCAGCCACCUCCGAUGCAACCUCCUCCAAUGAUGAUGCCCCCUCAACAACCCAUGAUGAUGAUGCCUCCUCCACAGACAGUUUGCCCCGCGCCCUGUGCCCGAUCAUGCGCACCAAAAUGUAAACCUGAAUGUUGCGACAAAAGGAAGCGUAAUGCUGAGAACUAAAGUACUCUGGCUUUCGAGUCAACCAUACACCGACUGGACAACUACGCGCUAAUGGCGACGCCCUAGGCAUAGGGGUAAUCGAAGGAAAAGUCGAAGAUAUCCAUUCUUCGUUUCCUUUUCUGCUGUAAAUAAUGGACCACAGUCUUUUUUGUUUAUGCCACAAAAGGUGCUCAUUUUUGGGCUGCUCAUCAUAUCAAUUCAAUUAAACUGAACUAGGCAUGUCUCUUUGUGCUAAAUAGGGUGGUUAAUAAAAAUUGUUAAGAUUUUUGUUUCAAAA